AUGCUUUCAUUUCAUCGCUCUUUCCUGUUUUUGAUCUUCAUGAAUUACGGAGUAAGAAUAGUACCAUGUCUUCCUAUCGCAAUCGAUCAGCCAUUCCUGGCUCGAAGACAGGUCCGUGAAGAAGGAAGCAAGCCUAUCGAUUUGAAUAAAGAGCCUUCGCCUGAAGUUAUUAUUCAAACCACAACAUCUGCCUUAACUUCACCUGCAUCUGUCCCUAUCACAGCUAGCGAUUCAAGGCAAACAGUUCCUGAUCCAGCCGUCUCUGUAAUACCAGGGUCCGCGCAAUCUCGAUACAAGCUCACAAGAAAAUAUGAACGCAUGAAUAUCCCACCCGGUCUUAAUGAAGAAGAAAAAAGGAGGUUCAGAAUUGAUGUCAAAAAUGAGCGAAGGAGGAAGAGAAGGAAAGAAGUCAAAGCUUCUACAGAUGAAUCGGUACGCAGCAUCAUACGAGAACGAGCUGAGCAGGCAGUGGCCAGACAAACCGCUCAGCGCAGACGAGAUAGAGCCCAUGUUAAUGUAGGAUUAGGUACGCCAGAACAAGAAGCUAGAGUAGCAAAAAAGAGAGAAAAAGAUCGUCUUUACAAUCGAAUGUUAGCGGUUUCAUCUUUCCUAGUGCUUGCCUCAAUACUUCACAACACAGUCACUGCUACACCAACAAUCCUUGACAAGAAAAGUCAAUUCAAAUUUAGUAGCCCAACAGCAUUUGUUCAGAUCUUCCGAAGACAAGUGCGUGAUGACAAAGGCAGAUUGAUUGACCUAAACAAAGAAGCAACUCCUGAGCCUGACCUACCAGUUUCGCAUGGGCAGGACAGCAGCACCGUCCCUAACCUUGAACAUUCCACGACACUAUCUUUAUAUUCUCCAAUGCUGGGUGGUAGUAAGGAAACGUCAAGGUACAGUUUCCCUAGGGCCUACAAAAAGAUACAUGUACCCGAAGGCCUGACUGCCGAGGAGGUAAAGGAGUUCCGUUCUAAAGUGAAAAAUGAACGAAGGCGUGAAGCUACAAAAAAAGCAAGAACAUCAACUGACCCUGCUGUACGCAAAAUUAUGAAUGAACGCCGUGAAAGAAACCUCGUGACACAAAGAAAAUAUGACAGGAAUAUGCGAUUAAGGGUCAAUUAUGGCGUUGGAACGGAAAAUGAAAAAAGAAUCAUUGCAAAGAAGAGGGCUGCUUGUCAAAGGUACUACCAUGUCGUAAGGAAGCCAAAAAAGGAAGCGCAGAGACAAGCACAUAUUCAGCUCCCGGAGCCGAAUGCUUCAACAUCUGAAAAUCGAGGCUAA